GGAAAAAAAAAAACUGCAGUGUGUGUGAGUGUGUGUAGUUUUCAUCCCUCCCCUGAGCAGAUCUGUAUCAAUUUGUGUACUCCAGUCUUGGGGUGCAUUUGAAUGGGUGUCUGUGUGUGUACAUGUGGCAGAGUUUACAGGAGGACAGAGUUGAAGUGUCUCGGAGCCUGAGGAGACCGGGGAGAGCUCUGCUUCCAGAGGAGAACGACCUGCACUAAAGGAGUUUCUGACUGACAAUAUCCUCACUGUGAUUACCUCCCGACACUCUCGAUAUCCGAGAUUUUGCUGGACUGUGUGUGCAGCCUAAAUGAAGUGGAACUUGUUAAAGCAGACAACGCCCAUGGUCGCUGCCAAGCCAACGGGGGCCAGUGCCUUGACUGUGACUCCAGCCCCCGUCGCAUUAGUCUCCGCUGAUAACUCCACCGAGCCGGUCGACAAGAACGAUGCCUUCGACGAGAUCAAGAACAAGUUCCUGAAUGAAAUCGACAAGAUCCCACUGCCGUCCUGGGCCAUCAUUGCCAUCGCUGUGGUCGCUGCUUUACUCAUUCUAACAUGCUGCUUCUGCAUCAUCAAGAAAUGCUGCUGCAAGAAGAAGAAGAACAAGAAGGGCAAGAAGGGGAAGGGUGACAUGGGAAUGAAGAAUCUCAAAGGGGGAGAGAAACAACAGGAUGACGAUGACGAAGAAGAUGACGUGGAACCCGGACUGACCGGAGACGAGAAAGAGGAAGAAGUGAAGGAGAAAGAGAAGCUCGGGAAGCUGCAGUACUCCAUUGACUAUGACUUCCAGGAGAACAAGCUGACUGUGGGGAUCCUGCAAGCAGCUGACCUCCUCUCCAUGGACAGCGGCGGCACCUCUGACCCCUACGUCAAGGUCUUUGUCCUCCCAGACAAGAAGAAGAAGUACGACACAAAGGUCCACAAGAAAACACUCAAUCCCGUCUUCAACGAGACCUUUACCUUCAAGAUCCCGUUCCAAGAGAUGGGAGGAAAGACUCUGGUGAUGUGCGUGUACGACUUUGACCGCUUCUCUAAACAUGAUGUCAUCGGGGAGAUUAAGAUACCCAUGAUGGCUCUUGACCUGGCAAAGCCGGUCGAAGAGUGGAGAGACCUGGACAGCGCAGAUCAAGAGGAGCCGGAGAAGCUGGGUGACAUUUGCAUCUCUCUGCGUUACGUCCCCACUGCUGGAAAACUUACCAUCUGUAUUCUGGAGGCCAAGAACCUGAAGAAAAUGGACGUGGGAGGACUGUCAGAUCCCUAUGUGAAAAUUAACCUGCUGCAGAAUGGGAAGAGGCUGAAGAAGAAGAAGACAACAGUGAAGAAGAACACUUUGAAUCCGUACUACAACGAGUCCUUCAGCUUUGAGAUUCCUCUUGAGCAGAUGCAGAAAAUCCAAGCUGUGAUCACAGUGCUGGAUUAUGACAAGAUUGGCAAGAACGACGCCAUCGGGAAGAUCUGGGUGGGAAGCAAGUCCACAGGGGCUGGCCUGAAACACUGGUCCGACAUGCUGGCCAACCCCCGUCGCCCCAUCGCCCAGUGGCAUCCACUGCAGCCAGAAGAGGAGGUGGAUGCUUCCCUCGCAGCCCUGAAUGCCAAGAAGUAAAAAUCCCACCUCCACCUUACCUACCCAUACAUUUCCCACCAUCUUCCCCGGGUCCCACAUAUCAGUGUAUAUUCCAGAAGAACACUCCAACUGUACAUCUGCUCCCUCCACCCCCUCCUCCUUCCUCUUCCUCUCCCUCCGCCACCUUUCAAAAGAUCCAUGAAUACCAUUCAACAUGAUGGGAUAUAUAGUUUAAAAAAAAAGCAUCAUGUUAAAAGAAAUCAUGUCAUUGAAAAAAGAAGACAAGUCACAGGAUGGACAGAUACUCCGUUGAUUUCCUUUAGAUCUAUUUUUGUAUUGGGGUUGUGGUUCCAUUAAUAAGAAUACAGAGUAGACUAUGAAGAACAGUACGAGUCUUAAAUGGGGAUCUGGUGAUAGAGGGGAUAACACAUACAUUCACUCAUGUUGUACUUCUCACCCUUUCCCUUUAGUGACACAGUUUGCUUAGAAAUAGUGCUUAAUAAUAAUAAUAAUAAUAAAAUGCUUUAUACUGCCAUAUAUGAUAGAGAAAUAACACAAGCAGGUCCAUUCCUUAGGUGUAUUUAUUGUGCACCAUGUUCCACACCUGCCAGUAAUCAUUCUAGAUGAUUAUGUUAGUUUGACGUACAUUCCUAGAGUUGGGUAGCGAGUAGGGAUAGGCACAUAUCCGGUUACCCACAAACACACUGCCUUUUUUCGAUUGGUUAACCUUCCACCCGUCGUCUCAGGAAAACUGAGAGGGAACUGAAACUCCAUGCCUUUUUUCUCUAAAUGGGUUGUUAUCAUUCAAAUAUUCCAAGAAAUGGGAAAUUGUUGGAUUCUAAAAAAAAAAAAAAAAAGCUUGAGCGCUUGUUUUUUUUGGGUUGACGUAAGGCUCAGUUUAUCCGUGAAAUGGUAUGUCAGGGAACAGGGAGGGAGGGAUUUUCAGUUAGGAAAAAAUAAAAAAGCGUUUGUGUAUAUUUUGACUGCGAGUGUCAUCCGAACAACAAAGAAGCGAGGAAAUAUCAGAGCAGGUUCAACAGAGACUGAUUCCACCCACCAAUGACAUGAUAUUUACAAGGUGUUGAGUACUGCCUGCAGUCUACCACCUCCCCUCCCAACGCCUCUGAUUCUGUAUCUCACUUGUUCAGUGCUACUGCCAUUAGUCAUGGACUUGACACAAGGGUUUUACUUCAAAGAAGAUCCCUAUAACCGUCUUACAGUCAUAAAGGAGACAAGCCUUCAAAGUAACAAAAUAAGCAAUUUUCAACUACCAGGGACGCCUUCCAGUUAAGCGGUGUUGUUCUCUUCAUUUCUUCCGUUCUCAUUAGCUUUUUUUUCUCCUUUUUGUUAAUUUUUUACUCCAAACACUUUUAUUCCUCAAGCACUUUAAAUCCAAAUGUUGUGUUUAAGUACCCUCAGAAACCAGAGCUUUAAUUAUUUAUUUUAAGAAUAACUGCUGGUUAAAAUAAAGAGCAAGGGAGUACAUUUUGUAAGCAUUUUUAUUUUAUUUUUUUCGCCGUUGCUUUUAAUGUAUGUGUUUGGAUUGUUUGAAUAUUACAUUUCUCACUUGAUUGCAAGGACACGGUCUGGAAGGAGGCACUGAUCCAUGUGUAUAUAUUACACAGCUUACCAAACUGUUGAAUUUAAUUGCACUACUGGGUAUUAAUUAUUCUGUUCUGUGGUAAUUUGACGCUGUUCUCUGAUCUGUGUUUUUUUUAUUUAUUGAUCAAAUGUUGUGAGAUGGAAGUUUUCUGUGGCUCAUGUAACAUGCCAGAUGGUUCUCCUCGUGUAAAUGGAAUCCUCAGAUGAAAAAGAGACAGGUUUCAAUGCUGCGUCCUUUUUAAUCAAUAUUCUGUUACAGAAAAAUGAAGGAUGAGCUCGAGACAAAUUUAAAAUGAAUCAGCUCUGAAUAAAUUGUUAAAAGCAUAAUUAAAAUCCUGACAUGAGUCAGUGCCAAGGUAAUUAUUCAAAUCAGUAAUGCCCGUUGACUGUGCCAGAAAAUGCAAAGUCAAUGUAGACAUUACCGCAAUUCUUUGGGGUAAUUUGAUGAAUGUUGGCUCUUGUAUCUUUCUCUGUUGGAAAAUGUGACUUUUUAUUUUUGUAUAACCAACAUAGACCAUGUUUAGAUUUAUGUUUCACAUCUCACAUGAUGUUUUGUUCUUCUGUUAAAUGAAGCAGCACUAAAGAAAAUGGCAACAUGGAAGCAAUCAAGCAACCCAUUGGUGUGUAGUUUUGCCUAUAUACAUAGUUCAUACACGUUGAUACUGCAUGUUUAUACAAAAAUACUGUACAUAAGAGCAUGUUUUAGAGACGAAGCAAAAAUAUCUCGUGUACGUAAAUGGGUGUCAUUUGUCAUUUUAAUAACACGACGAAGGGAAAAAAAAAAGAUGCACUGUAUAUUUUCUAAAUGAAACAAAUGUGUAUUUAUUUUCCAUGAGGGUCAUUGGAGAGAAUGUCAUACAAAUAUUAGAGUACUACUGCUAAUAAGAACCUUUCCACGCCUGAAAUUCUUAAGCAAGUGUGUCGUCCAGUACUGUGUGUGAGUUCAUGUAGGAUGAAAAUGUAGCCGCAUGCUUGCUAUCUAAUUCCUUGUGAUCCAAAAUCUUAUUUUGAUGCCAUUUUUAUGCCAUACUUUUUUUUUUUGUUACAGCACUUAUCUGAAGGCCAAUGUUUUUUCUGAAUUUUAUUACUUUUUAAAAAGAUAUGUGUUGAAUUUUUAAAUGCUUGGGAUGGAUGGAGGGGCCUCCAAGUCUAGAGAACAUUUAAUUUUAUGUGACAGAUUUGGCAUGGAUUUAUUCAGAAAAAUCACAUUAAAGUAGAUUGAAUAAUUCAGCAAUCUGUAGGUGGAUGUAGGAGUCAAUAUUAAUGCCAGUUCUGAUACGGAAUCAAGUCUGUUGGACCAUAUCUUUGUAUGAAAAUGUAUUUCCAGGGGCCAAAUUAUGAGUCCUCCCAUUCCAGUGAACACAAAUGACUUGGAAUCCCUUCUUCUCUCGUUCUUCACUUGGAAGUUUUUUAUUUUAUUUCCACUUCUAUUUAAAUGACCUGAAACCCUUCACGGCUGUGUCUCUUUUACUGUGUUUAUUAUACAAUACGUGUAUGUGUAUACAAGAUAAAUGAAUAAGAUAAAACUAAAGCCAUAAAACUCAAGCACUAACUCUUUAGAGCUCAGCUGAGUAGCUAGAGUUUAUUUAUGAUGAAGAAAAAAAAACCCAACAUGUCUUCGGUUUCCUUGGCCAGUGUUUCUCUUAAUUACAUUCCGUUCAGAGGUCUUUUGUUCAUCAAGAGGGCGAAAUCCAUUUUACUGUAUAUGUGAGCAUUGAGAAAAGUUGUGAGUUUAGUAGAGUGAGUGUGUCUUUUUCUACUUUCUGAGCUGUUGAUGUCCUUGUUUCAUAGAGGUAGCUGAUUUUACAGUAUUGUGAUUAGUAAUGUAUAUGCCUUGUUUUGAUAGUAUAAAUAAUAGAUCUAAUAUCACAAUAGGUUCUCAAUAAUACAACUAAAUUUAUAUAUACAUAUAUAGAUAUAUAGUAUAUGAGAGUGUGUACUAUUCUUUGGGCUGAGUGCAAUUUAAGAACCAAACUAUUCCACUCUUCACAGUUUCUCUUCUUCCAGUUUAGCUGCAGAAGGUACUCGUAAAAACAUGUACAAUCAAUAACACACUGCUGGUUAUUUACUGCUCACGCUGAUUGUUUUUUGUUAGCUUCUUAAGCAUAUUUCUUAAGUGACAAAACAAUAUGGAAAUCCAAAAGAACUGAAACAAACAAACAAACAAAAAGGAACUUACAAAUGUGGCACCCAAGUUUUAGGCCUGAAUUACUUCCAGAGAACUAUGCACUGAGCUAUGAUUUUAAUGAACAGAAAUAGCCUACGUAGAAAAGAAAAUCAUGUCAAGCACAUGACGUGAAAUCAAAGACGUAAUUGUUGAAAUUAAAUUAUUAUCUUCUUUGCCAAGAGAUUAAAAAAGUGAUACCUCUUGUGUUCGCGCAGUAAAUAUAAAGCCAGAGCUAGCAGAAUGCAAGUUUAGCCUAGCUUAGACUAGCUAAGGCAAAAAAGCUGAGAACAGAAGCUAAAAGUUAGCCUAGCUCAGUCCAAAAGAAACUAAAUCCAUCUGUCAGAAUUUUUAAAGCUCUCUGGACUUUUUAUAACCUCCUGGAGAAUAAAAAAUAAUCCAUUGUCACUGCUCUGCGUCAAGAAAUAGUCUGAUAAAUCACCCAGUGUUGUUUAACAGUGUACAGACAAACUACAUGAGAUGUGUAAAAGAGUGAGCGUUUGAGGUGCUGUUAGGUAUCUUUUUUAUCUUUGUAUAGAGCUGAACAAGCUUUUCCUCCCUGUUUCCAGCCUCCGCUCUAAGCUUAGCUAAGCUAGCAGUCACCUAGCUACAGCCUUUUACUUCAAAGCUGGAACAGGUGUAUCAAUCCUCGCUCUUCUUCUCGUAAAAACUCUGAGAGGUGAGAAGGCAAAUAUUUCCUAAAAUAUUCAUUUUCCUGUCCCUUUAGGUUGACCUCAUUUGCUGAUUUUUUUAUGAAGUACUGCCAUUGAUCCCUUCUAGCAACAAUCGCCAAUGUGUCGUGUUAUAAGACACAUUAUCUAAUGCAAUAUUAUAGUUAUUCACUGUCCAGUAAAUGCUAUUGACUGUGACCAAAUAAUGCACUGAGGACAAUUCACAAAUAAGAUUUCAGUGUGUUUCAGAAAUACUGCCAGUACUAGAUCACAGCUGCCAGCAUUCGUCAACAAUGUUUGAAUCGGCAAAGCCAAAAUAACAAUUCAUGCAGAGGCAAACAGAUCGCAUCAAGUGACCGAUGGGGCAACUGUGAUUUCAGGUAAACUUAUAGCACAUUCAAUCGAUUUCUUUACUUCUUGCUUUUUCUGCUUGGGUCACCACAGUCACUUGACCACCUGAGUUCUAUGGGGGACAGAAACUGGGAGUGGGAGCUGUGUGUGCUUGUAGGCUAUGUGUCAGAUAAAUAUUUAAAGUGAAGGCCCUCUAGCAGAAACAGUGCAAAAAAAACAACAACAGUCAAAUAUACAAAUAGAAUAUACAGUACAGGUCUGCAUGUAUGGGACCCAUUACUCAUUCCUAAAAUGUACAUGUGUGUGUGUGUAUAUGACCGUAACACUCAAAUGAUCUCAGUUAAGUUUUAGAUAUAGGUUUUUUUCUGCUCUGUGUAGAUGUACAAUACCUUAUGCACAACUGCAUCUGAAACUGACUGCUGUUUCAGCUGUGCACAGACCGUUCAAUAAGCACCGUUCACGCUGUUCUUUCUUUUUUUUUUUGUCUUAUUUUGAACAAACGCUGGGAUUUAAAAAGGGAAAGCUUCCAAAAGUUCAUUAGAUCAUUUUACCACCUUGUCAAAAUGUGUUGAGAAGCCUCUCAGCCACCACUUUAAAAAAGAACAUGUUGUCUUGUCUCCUCUAUUACUCGCUGUAUUUCUUCUUUGUAUUCUUAGUGUGUAAUCACUCCUUUCUGUCCUUUUUUUUUUUUUUUUUCGUUGUGAUGUAUGCUGUUAAUGUAGAAUGUAGGUCUGUAUUGGAAUCAAUGCAAGAGUCACAUUUGCUUUCUGUUUGCGUCUGUGUCCUGUUUAAAUGUAACCAGCUAUGUUCCAUCAGAGUCGAUAGGAAGCAGGCUCACUGAUUUCUCCACGGAAUCUGCUUCUGCUGAGCGUAAAGAAAGCCGGCCUUCAUGUUUACAACAUGGACAUACUGUAUACUGCCAAACAUGCAGGACCGUACCAAACUCCCCCCUUGAGCGCUUAGUCCUCCAUGCCUCAUCCCUGAUGCAACUGUACUCUCAAGACUCUUUUUUCCUUUUCUUUUCUCCCGCCUCUUUCUCUUCUUCAUCAUCUUUUAAAAGCGUGGGAGGACGGUCAGGUUGUGUCCUCUAGCUGUGUUUCUUCGUGUCUAGUGUUGUGGUGCGCGUGUUCAUGUCAGUACUUGUGCCUACUGUGGAUCGCAUGCUUUAGCCCUUGACUGGACACAAACGUUGCUCACAAACUCCUCUUGACCCUUAUGUGGACAAACGUUGGGGAUCCUUCUAAAGUUAUCAAGGGAACCAAAUAACUUAUUACAAAUUUAUCAUAUGUGUUACCAGUUCUGUAAAAAAAAGACAAAUAGGAAAUAAAGGCCUUUUAAUUACCA